AAAUCAGGGUGGCUAGAAGAUGGGAGGCUCUAGCUCUCCUUGGCCACUUUGGGUUGGAGACAGAUGGGGAAGACCCCAUGGAACCACAGAACAACACAUGGGUGGCAGAGUUUGUCCUCUUGGGUUUAUCACAGAUCCAGGAACUCCAGAAACUCUUGUUCCUGGUGUUCCUACUUGUCUACAUCAUCACGGUUGUAGGAAACCUCCUGAUCAUGAUCACAGUGACUUUUGAGCCCCGACUCCACACACCUAUGUAUUUUCUGCUCCGAAACCUGGCUGUCAUUGACCUCUGCUAUUCCACGGUCACCUGCCCAAAGAUGCUGGUGGACUUCUUUCACGAGACCAAGACCAUCUCCUACCGGGGCUGCAUGGCCCAGAUCUUCUUCUUCCACCUGCUGGGAGGUGGGACUGUCUUCUUUCUCUCCGUGAUGGCCUAUGACCGCUACAUAGCCAUCUCCCGGCCCCUCCACUACGUCACCAUCAUGAACACUCGCAGACUAGCCUGCACUGACACCUCCCUCCUGGAGCUCCUCAUGAUCUCCAACAGUGGGCUGCUGGUGCUCCUCUGGUUCCUCCUCCUUCUCGUCUCUUACACUGUCAUCCUGGUGCUGCUGAGGUCUCACUCAGGGCAGGCGAGGAGGAAGGCAGCUUCUACCUGCACCACCCACAUCAUCGUGGUGUCUAUGAUCUUCAUUCCCUGUGUCUAUAUCUACUCCCGGCCCUUCACCCCCUUCCCCUUGGACAAAGCUGUGUCCAUCAGCUACACAGUCAUGACCCCCAUGCUCAACCCCAUGAUCUACACCCUGAGGAACCAGGAGAUGCAGGCAGCCAUGAAGAGAUUAGGCAAGCGCCUUGUGGUUUGCAGCAGAGAGUGA